AAGCUCUACGUAGUUCAAUAUUCAAGAUACAGGGUUUCCCAAGGUUUUUUGGUUGUUUCUCCAAAAUUGUUUGGUUUGUUCUCAUAUCUUUUUGAUCUUUUUCCCACGAUUUUUUGGGCGGUUCCCAGAUUUUUUUUGGAUCAAUUGUAUUGAUUUACAAUUGGACGAUACCACUUAAUCGUCGGAACGAACCAAAAAUCUAUGGGAAAUGAUGAAUAAAUCGUGAGACGAGUCCAACAAAUUACGAACCAACCAAUAAAUCAUGGAAAACGUUGUAAGAAACACUACACGACCAUGGAAGAGGAUAGAAUAGUGUACAAGUAAAUGUUCGUUGAAUAUCUAACCUGUCUAUCCUAUAUUAUUGCUCUGAGGUUCAAGCAAAACCAUGUAAUUUAUAGGACGGACAUAGAAAACAAAUAAACAUAAAAUAUAGAACAAAGAUGUCUGGUGUUCCUGUCAAGCUCUGUUUUGUCAGAUCAAGACAACGAAUUAUCGCGCUCUUCUAUGUGCCUAGUGCGGAAUCUGAAGGUUAGUGAGGAAUAUCUUCCUAGAGAACUCGUCAAUCGUCGUACAACACUACACGCCAUGCUCGAACAUAUUCCCAAAGAUAAUCAACGAAUGUGCCACUUCCCAUUCGCUUCCAAUCACAGGCUGAGCAUGCAAUAAAUCAAAUCCCAUUUUCAUCAGAUUGUAACUCAAAUAAAACCCAUAACAUCUGUACUAUAAAAUCCCCCAAAAGCAAUUGUGUCUUCCGAAUAAUAACGCUUCAGAUUCUCUUUUAUUUCUACCCACUAAUGUGUUUUACUCGCUUCAAUACAAUUCAACAAAUUGUUUUACUCCACCAGGCGCAAUAAACCAUCCAUUGUACUGUACGCCACAGGCAAUAUAUGAGCUCUUAAACAAGCUCGCAAUACAGUCCAUCCAGUGCGUAAACAACGGUCCGUACGCGAUGAACCCCGUCUGGUUGGUGUUGAUGAUCGUGGCAGCACAAACGCUCGGAUUAGUGGUGUGUAGCCGCCGCCAGCAGGGGUCGUCGUACCGCAUCGUCAAUGGGACGUACGCAGUCAUCGACGAUUACCCAUUUCUGGUGUCAGUUCAGCGAUGGAGUAAAAACGAAGGCUCGCACAUCUGCGGUGGAACGUUCGUGAGCGAUCAGUGGAUACUGACCGCAGGGCAUUGCGUUGAUGACCCCGAGUUCCGCCAAGGUGGCAUCGUGCGGGUAGAGUCGUCCUUCCACGCUUCCGGUGGCAUCUUUCUCCCGAUCGAGCGUACGGUGCUGCACGACAGCUUUGACUACGGUAGCCCAGGGAUAGAUUACGAUUAUGGGUUGAUUAAGUUGGUGGCACGAUUCGAACGAGCGGUACCAGUGCGUAUGGUGGCACCCUACAGACGCUUUCCGCCGGGUGAACUCUGCACGGUCGUUGGCUGGGGCAUGACGAAGAAAACGGGCGACCGGGAGCAGCUCCGUAUGGUGCGGCUGCCUAUUGUGCGGCAGGAGGUGUGCAAGGAGAUUUAUGAGGGCUGGGAGACAAUCACGAGACGCAUGAUCUGUGCCGGGUAUGCGGCCGGUGGUCAAGAUGCUUGCGAGGGCGAUUCUGGCGGACCGUUGCUGUGCCGUGGCAUCCAGGCUGGCAUCACCUCGUGGGGUGUGGGCUGUGCCAAAGCCAACCGUUACGGAUUUUACGCAAAUGUUGCGAAUCAGCGCGACUGGAUACGGAAGCACACGGGAGUGUGAACCGUUUCAAAAUCCAUUUGCCAAUUACCGACCACCAUUAAGCGAGCGACCUUGACGGUUAUCUAGAAGUAAUGGGCAAAAUAACAACAUUAAAAGCUAAUUCAAUAAACUUCUGUUCCAGUUUUACAACGCUUUGCACAUUAGCGCAGGUUGAGCAGAAAGAGCACGCUCAGUACGGUUUGAAAAAGCUCGCUGAACAUGCGGUUAGCGUUCAUGAUUGUUGCCGUUUUGUGGUCACUGUUUUAUUGGGCUGUAAUGAGUGAAGUUAGCGCAAAGCAAAAAAUGAGCUUUCGCAUUGUCAAUGGAACGGAAGCAACCAUAGUGUCCUACCCGUACGUGGUGUCAAUUCAGCGAUGGACGCCAAGGGUGAAGCAGCACAU